AUGGAAACGCCAUAUGGUGAGGUGAACCAACUAGGAGGUGUCUUCGUCAACGGCCGUCCCUUACCCAACGCCGUCCGCUUACGCAUCGUGGAGCUCGCCCAGCUCGGGGUCCGUCCGUGUGACAUCAGCCGUCAGCUGAGAGUGUCUCAUGGCUGUGUCAGCAAGAUCCUCGCCCGGUACCAUGAGACAGGUUCAAUUCUGCCCGGGGCCAUCGGAGGCAGUAAACCACGCGUCACAACCCCGAACGUGGUCAAACAUAUCAAGGUUUACAAGGAAAGGGACCCAGGGAUAUUCGCUUGGGAAAUCAGGGACAAACUUUUAGUGGACGGUAUAUGUGAUAAGUUCAAUGUGCCGUCCGUGAGCUCAAUCAGUAGAAUUCUCAGGAACAAACUGGGUAGUUUACACCACUUUGGACAUCCGUGCAAUGAUAAUGUAUUUGGUUCGAAGGACCAUUCGGCCAUAUUUAGCCCGGCGAUAUACCCGUAUACGUGUGGCGCAACCAUGCCUAAUGUGGCACCAAAUGCUCAUGGACAUUCUGGAUUAUCCCAGCCUCCUCAUCCGGGGUCUUUGUCCCACUUAUCCUCAAAACAUGGGCCCGUGCCUCCUCUGACCAAUGGGACAUUUCGGUCAUGGCCCAUGUCUCACGCAGUGAACGAUCUCUUGAACUAUUCUCAUGCCCAUGGGAUAAACUCAAUCGCCCAAAACCAAGCCCCCACUAAUCAUGGAGUACAUGUUUCACAGACUUAUAACUAUUACAACGUGACGCCACCUGUCGGAUCACUUUACACUUUGCAGAGUUAG